GUGGACAGACAUUGAUCGACUGAGCGAGCAAGCAGCGGAAGAGAACCCAAACGGAAAACGGGACUAACGGAUCAAAUCGACGUAAUGGGAAAAUAAAUCUCGCUCCGUAUAGACGCAAAGUUUGACCAGGAGACAAUUGACUUUUAUUGUGUAAUAAUGAGGGUUCUUGCAGUGUAUGUGUAGAGAGCGUUUAAUGUAACAUAUUGCUGAUAUCUCGAGACUUUACGCACUGUCUGAAGUCCAUAUCUUUUAUAUCUCUCAAAAGUUUGACUUUUUCAAAGGAUGUAUUUCAUUGUCACGUUUUUUCAAAUCGUGCUUUGGAAUCUGGCGUCUAUAUACUGAGAGAUUCUUCACUGAACAACACGGAGCAGUGUUCUUUAUUUCAAAAAUACAUCAUUAUCCGGUGCCAAUUUCAACGUCGCGGGAGGGCAUUCAUCAAGUAAAACUCCAACCACACUCAGGAUUCCCACGGUUCAAAUUAACGUCACCAUCCAGAAUGGACUUGGUUUGGCUUUUCGUUCUCCAGCUGGCUCGUAUUGGGCUCCCCCUCGCUGUGUCUGCGGGGAGGGACAGAGACUGUCUACAGGCUGGGGACACCUGCUCCAGUGAUGACGCGUGCAGCCCUCGUCUGCGGACGCUGAGACAGUGUGUGGCGGGGGACGGCAGUGUGAAGCUGGGCCCUGGGGCCAGGAACCAGUGUGAGAACGCAGUCACGGCCCUGCUGUCCUCCCCGCUGCACGGCUGCCAGUGUAAACGAGGCAUGAAGAGAGAGAAGAACUGCCUCAGUAUCUAUUGGAGCCUGCACCAGUCUGUCCUGCAUGGACUGAGCCUGGUGGAGAGUUACCCGUACGAACCCGAAGAGAGGGGCUUCGACUACGUACGCCUGGCCUCCAUCGCUGCAGGUGCAGUUGGCAUAGCGACGGUGAACCGUUGUCUGGACGCGGCGAAGGCGUGUAACGUGGACGAGACGUGUCAGAAGCUCCGUACGGAAUACGUCUCGGCCUGCAUCCAGCCGUCGGCCCACUCAGGCCCCUGUAACAGAGCCAGGUGUAACAAGGCUCUCAGGAAGUUCUUCGACCGGGUCCCUCCUGACUACACCCACCAGCUGCUGUUCUGCCCCUGCACAGACACGGCGUGCACUGAGAGACGGAGACAGACCAUCGUACCAGCCUGCUCCUAUGAAGACAAAGACAAACCCACCUGUCUGGCUGCACUGCGACUCUGCAGGGCUGACUACGUCUGCAGGUCCCGCUGGGCCCAGUUCCAGUACGACUGUCAGCCCUCAGAACACUUUGCCAGCGGCUGCAAACAGGACAACUACGCAGCCUGCCUCCUGUCCUACACUGGCCUCAUGGGCAGUACGAUAACUCCGAACUACCUUGAUAACUCAACGUCUAACGUGGGUCCGUGGUGCUCCUGCUCGGCCUCCGGGAACCACCGGGAACAGUGUGACGGCUUCCUGGAAUAUUUUCAUGAUAAUGUCUGCCUGAAGAAAGCCAUGAUGGCGUUUGGGAACGAGACAGACAAGCAGUCCUCCAUCGGAGCAGCCAACCAACCAGACACGCCCAGCCCCACUCUCGCUACCCCCAACAACCACAUCCAGCGCCCGGCAACCACCGUCCCUGGUAUCACCAUGGAAACAAAACAGAAUGUCCUGAGAGAACAGAUACCCACUCAGGUGAAUGACAACGAUAGACUGUGGGGUGAUGAUGGUGAAGAGUCCACCCUGAUGUCUCCCGGGCUGUUGGACCAUGGAGCUCCUCCCCUCCUCCUGUCUACAGUGGGCUGGACCCUUCCACUGGGCCUCUCCCUGCUGCUGCUGCUCGGAUAACAGUAGAC